UCCACAUCCGGGGCCCUGUGGCCGCGGCACGGUUGCCAUGGCAGCAGGGCUGCUGGCAGGCCUCCCAUGUUGAGGGCCAAGCUCGCAGCGUCCAGGAGGCCGCGCAGCGCCGCCACUAUGAGUCUGGGCACCGCGGAUCUAGCCUCGGAGACGGGAGAUGACAGCCUGUCUGCAAUUACCUUUGAUUCUGAGUUUGAGACGAAAACAAAAAGAAAAGGUUGCCAGAAACCUCCUUCCACAUCACCAAAAUCACCUUACAACUCCAAGCCCAGAAAAGUGACAUCCUGGCGGUCUCUGAAGACAGGAGGGAGCAUGCCUCUGAGCAGCAGAAUGUCCUUGACCCCACAAAAGCUGUGGCUGGGAACCUCAAAACAUGGAAGUGUGACCCAACCCCUGAGCUCCACGCUUACCUCGGAGCACGCAUGGACCCACCCCCCCAGCUGCACGCCCGACCACCUGACAGAAGCCUUAAGAGCGAAGAGGGCAGACCUCCGGCGUUCUGGCAGCCAUGGUCAUGUCUCUGGAACUUCUGUCUACAGAGAGAAAGAGGACAUGUAUGAUGAGAUCAUCGAGUUGAAGAAGUCCUUACAUAUGCAGAAAAGCGAUGUGGAUCUGAUGAGAACAAAGCUUCGGCGCUUGGAAGAGGAGAACAACAGAAAGGAUCGACAGAUAGAACAGCUCUUGGAUCCAGGUCGAGGCCCAGACUUCGUGCGAACCCUGGCCGAGAAAAGGCCUGACACUGGUUGGGUCAUCACCGGGCUCAAGCAAAGGAUCUUCAGGCUGGAGCAACAGUGCAAGGAAAAGGACAACACUAUCAACAAACUGCAGACGGACAUGAAGACCACCAACCUGGAGGAGAUGCGCAUCGCCAUGGAGACAUACUAUGAGGAGAUCCAUCGUCUGCAGACCCUCCUAGCGAGUACUGACGCCACAGGAAAGAGGCCCAUAGUGGAGAAGAAGCUGGGUAUGAAGAGGCAGAAGAAGAUGAGCAGUGCCCUGCUAAACUUGACCCGGAGUGUGCAGGAGCUGACAGAGGAGAACCAGAGCCUGAAGGAGGACCUGGACCGCAUGCUCAGCAAUUCCCCCACUGUCUCCAAAAUAAAGGGUUAUGUAGACUGGAGCAAGCCCCGGCUGCUGAGACGCAUCGCAGAGUUGGAAAAGAAGGUGAGCUCCUCAGAAAACCCAAAGCUCUCUACUUCAGAGCUGGUCAAGCCGAAUCCCCUGGUCCACUCCUCAUCCAACAUCUCAGUGCAAAAGCAGCCGAAAGGGGACCAGUCCAAAGAGGACCAGCCCAAAGGGGAUCCAUCCGAGGAUGAGGAGCAUCUCCAAGGAGCCAUGAAGAUCCUGAAGGGGGAGCGGAGCGCACUGCAGGCACAGCUGGCGGAGAAAGACGUGGAGAUGAAUAAGCUGCUGCAGGCCAAGAUCGACUUGGAGAAGGAGCUGGAGAUAGCCCGGGAAGGCGAGAAGGAGAGGCGCCAGCAGGAGCAGGCUUUGAGAGAGGAAAUUGAAGCUCUCACCAACAAGUGUCAAGAACUGGAAGAAGCUAAGAGACAAGAGAGAGAGCCUACUGUGGCAUUCACUCAUGAGGCCCACCCAGAGCUCCGAUCUCCAUCACCCUGCAGCAGGCACUCCAAGCCAGACUCCGACAAUGAGCCUUACUCCCCCACCAGUGCUGGCGAGGGGGCUGACUGCCAGUCCCCCACCCCAUGCUCUGAAGAGAGGAGAGAGGCCGCCGUCAGAACCCUGCAGGCCCGAUGGAAGGCCCACAGGCACAAGAAAAGAAAAGCGGCUUUGGAUGAGGCAGCAACUGUGCUCCAGGCGGCCUUCAGGGGACACCUAGCUCGUUCUAAGCUGUUACACAACAAAGCUCUAGACUUCAGGUCUCCGAGCCUGCCUGGCCUUCCCAGCCUUCCCAACCAGCUGCAGAGCUCUCCCACAUCUCGUGUCCCAAGCCCCACCUUCCAGCCUGAAGAUAGCCCAGCACAAGAGGAGGCCAUCACUGUCAUCCAGUCCAUCCUCCGGGGAUACCUGGCCCAGGCCAGGUUCAUUGCCAACUGCUGCAGAGGGCUCGCUGCCUCAGCUCAGAGGGAAGCUGUCUCAACCACACCCUCAGGAUCCGCCUCCCCACCUUCCCUAGCAGCUUCUUCUGAAGCAAUGCGAGUGGGGCUCUGUCCCAAGGAGGAGCCGAGAGAGACCGUUGCAGCUGGACCUGCCUCCUCACAGUCCUCGGUGCCCGACUCCCCCCAGGGUGGCCACUGGGACUGUCCAUCCCCAUUCAGUCUGGACGAUGUACCUCAGUCCAGCAUGACGGAUGUGAUGUGCUUGGAUCUGCUUGGAUGUGAAGAAAGGAGCAGUAGCACCGGAAGUGCUCAGCCAUCCCUGGUGGUGUCCUCUCCCCCAGGACUACAGCCCACAGCGUCACCAACCCCUGAGGAGGAUGUCUGCUCCGACGACUCCGAUGAUAUUAUCUUUUCGCCAUUUCUGCCCAGGAAGAAAAGCCCCUCCCCAUUCUAGGACCCCAGUCAUUGCCUCCAGGUGAGGUGGCUGUGGGGCCAGGUUAGAGGACUCGCUAACUGAAUUUGAGAAGAUGACCUAUCUUGCUAGGGAAAGAGUCCACCUCGGGAACACCUCAACCAUCAGUUUUCUUAUGUAUUGUGCCUGUGCCUUUGAGGGAUCCUGGUGGCUCUACGCUGCUCUCUGGGGAGGGCAUGCGGCCACCUCCCACUUCCAUCUCUGGUUUCAGCCCGUGUGUUUCCAGUGCCCACAGAUAUGUCCACCCCAAAUCAGGGCAGCAGGGAGUCUUGCAAAGUCUGCCACCUGCCCUUGACCUUGGCACUGCCAGCUGCCAUGAGAUGCAGCCUUCCUCAUCUUGUGCUGCUCAGUGCCUUACAGGUCACACAGCUAAGUCUCCUGUCCCCUCAGCAGAACACAGUCAUAUCUAAGCCAGCAAGAAGCUACGGACAUCAGGGUCCCCAGAUGAGCCCCUGUCCCAUGGGCUCCUUGCUCCCCUUUCUCUUACCCCCCACCACCUCCGUCCCCUUGGGAGGAUGAAUUCUUUGAAGAUCACCUGGCAGUGUGACAUGGAGUGGCUCAGCAGGUAUUGAGAGACAGCACGAGGACAGAGCCACAGGUCACCAAGAGAGGAGACGGAGAGCAGGGCCAGGAGCCAGCUCACCAUCCCAGAAGAGACAAGUCUCAGGGAAGAACAAAUUCCAGUGUCGACCUAGGGACAGCCCUGUCACCUGGCACCAGUGCCACCUGGCCCACUCAGCACCAGAAGUUGAGAUCUUGGUCCCAGUUUGUGAAAUUAGCUGUUGUCAGUGGGUGAGAAUGAGGGGUUUGGGGCUUGGGCAGGGUUUUAGGGGUAUCCAUGCUCUGUGUAGCUCAGGUCUGCCGUCCAUGCUUCCCUGUCAUGCCUGUGGGACUGACUGCUGGCUGUCUCCAUAGAUCACUGGGGAUGGGACUUUCUGGCCCCAUGGGACUGGCUUUUUUCUUAGGCAAAACCUAGUGCUAGAAAGUUCCUUCUUGGACUAGACUUGUGGGGACACCAGGUUUGCUGUUAGGGACCAUUUAUUUACUGCUGGCGUCCUCCACAGAACACCUUCCUAAUGCUGCACACAGCAGGCUGGGCAUGGGACCCUCAGGAUGGGAGCUGGGCUUGCGGCCAGAGGCCAGGAAGAUGGAACCCAACUUUGUCGACCUGCCCCAGGACAGGGAAAGGGCCCCUAAUACUGUGAUGGGACCAAGCACACCUGCCUAGCCCUUUUCUCCACCAGGGGGCAAAAAACAACUCAGCCAGGACCCUGGCAGGCUCAGUUUUUUAUGCACUUUGCCUGUGGGCUGUCCGCCAAAUUAGUUUUCUUCCCUGUGUACUGGUAAUUUUACCAACGUGGCAGCCAAGUGGAGCCCUCUGUAGAUCUGCCUCCCCACCACAACUUGGGUGUGUUCCCUGUGAUUGAUGCCACCACUUGAAGCUUCAGUCCAUCCACUCGGGCACAAGAAGGUGACUACAAGUGGCCCCCUCUUGUGCCUGUACCUUCCCCAAGACCAAAGGUCCUUAUGUGGCUGCUCUGUCCUCUCUCUUAUUUAAUAGCAGCCAUUUGUGCAUUGAGUGUUCUGAGCAUGAACAUUCAGGAGUUCUAGGUUGGUGGGGGGGCAGGGGUAAAGGGGGGUGUCUUCACCUCGGCUGCCCCCACCUCAGGAAAGGGGGCAGGGUCUGUAGGUGUGAGGCUUAUCUGUGCAGCCAGCCUGGCCAGUGGACAGUGAAGUCAAGAUCAGCCCCUGCACUUGAGUUUUCUGAGAACAUGUCCCUGCAAACAGGAAAGCUACAACCCUCCUGUCCUUUGGUGCAGCAGCUAAUCUAUUAAAGGUAAACCCUGUCUUGAAGCUACCUCAGUAAAUGACGGUGCCUCAAGCCUCUGUCUUUGGCCGGUGUCCUGUGUCCUGUGCUCCCCACCCAGGCCCCAUUGGUACAGCAGGCUGCCCCUGGCUGAUCUGACGCAGAGAGCCCUGGGGGGGGGGGGGGUAACUUCUGUGGGACCUAGGAACAGUGCAGAGAGCUGCUGCUGGCUCCCCAGGAGCAAAUGUGUAGGAUUUCAGCCAGUCAGUCCAGCUUUGGACUUUGCCUGGUCUAUAAGAUAAGCAGACUCCUCGUGCUUGGCUUGCUUUCGGAGGCAUAAGUCCUCCAGCAUGUGGCUGGCCAGCUAGGGCCAUUGGCAAAGCCCAAACUACAGAGACUGUGGGUGGAGUGAGCUGUAGGCCAAUGGCGGGGGGGGGGGGGGGUGGCUGUGGUAGGAUCAGCUAUGAGAAGAGGAGCCAGAGACUGGGCCAACCCUGCUGAGAGUGUGAUUGGUCCAGGACCCAGCCAGUUGUGGUCUGUGAAUUGUAAGUGGGGCGGUAGGAAGUAGAAAAAUUCAUCCCUGGGGGAGACUAGGAGUGGAAACAUUUCCAGAAAGAAAGGGCCUCAGACCUUAACAUUCAGGACCAAGCGGGCCCAGGUAUGUGCACUUGAGAUGGGUAAAUGACGUCUCUGUGCCCUUAUUUCCACGGCAACACCUUCACAUCACCUUGAUCUUAAAGAGCAGCUGUGAGACUUCUCUGAAGGCUGGUAGGUUGUCCAACUUUGGAAGAAACCAUGCUUUCUUCAUGACUCCACCGGUGGGCAGCAACCAACCUGCUGAGCCUGCCCUGGGCCAGUUGUCCUGUGUGGAGAGCUGGAAAGGUGAAGGUGCUACUCACACCAAGGAGGUGCUGGGUGGAGGCCUUGGGCGGCUCUGGAGAGUGCUCAGGAAGCCAUUUGGGCUUGGGACACAGGGCUUAUAGGGACCCUGUGGGAUGGUGUUCCUCUUACCCGUGACUGGGGGAAGAAGAUACCUCUGGUUCAAAAACCAGGAAUAGACUGGGGUUACCAUCCUGAAGACGCCACCCCAGCGAAAUAGCGAGAUCUAGGAACACCACAGCCCUCUGUUGCCCUUGGUUCACCUCCACCCACCACAUGCAGCUGAGACGGAAGUGCUGAGAGGGGGCUGGUACAAUCCAGGCUUCCCAAAGCUAGCAAAACAGGCAGCAGCAAGCUGAGUGUGGAUGGAGAACAAACCUAUAGUGAGCUUUUGUGGGGCACUAGGGAUGGACCCUGAGUCCUACUAUGAGCUAGGCAAGUGCUCUACCACUGAGCCACACUACCAGCCCCUCAGUGCAUUCUUGAUGCUGUGUUAUCACGGGGGCGUGCAGCAUUGAAAGGGGUUUUGUCAGAAGCCACCAAGACCGUAGUCCCUCUAAACUGCCUGAUGGCUGAGCAGAAAUCGCCAGGGCCCUGUGCCUGGUGUUUUGUAAAGUACCAUAGUACAUUGGGAGCUUGUCGUGGGUCCAUUUCAGCACCAAGGAAGGGCUGUGGCUGAGUGACCCUGGCUGCAGGUGCUGGCUGUAUUCUGUCUGAUAAUGUCUAUUUUUGUCUCCCGACGAGGGGAGUGAGGACCAUGCCUUCAGUUUCACAGACCCAGAACCCUCGGUGAAGAGACCAUCAUUAGAAAAGAACGAGCUAACCAGUGUAGAUUCCUUUAAAGCUAUAAAUACCUUCCCAGGAAAGCGCUCUAACCUUUGAGAUCUAAAUAAAAAUUCCAUUAUAUCCUGGUCAA